AUGGGGCUGGGCGACCACCCGUCGCUCUUGAUGCUCCCCUAUCCUCCCAACCCUCUCACCCGCGACUCUCUCAGCGCCGCCUACCGGCCCUCCCUCAAAUCCGCACUCGCAAAGGUGAGGCGCCCAGACGGUGCCGCCCAACUCACCGUCGCCAUCGCGUGCCCCGUGCUCCAAGGGCAAUUUCUCCGUUCCAAAACCCUUUCAUGGCCUGACGCCCAGACGCUCGUUGCCGGCACUUACGGUCUCAUCUCAGUCCUAUGCGCCGAGCUCUCGAUCAACACUGAGGUAAACGGCGGGCCGGGCUCGGUCGACUCAACCGUCGUCUUGAUUGACGAUGACCGCAACAAACGCUAUCCAGUCGACUUCCGCCCUGCCAUCGAGCCCAACAACACCGUCGUCGUCGACAUGGCCACCUUUGCCUCGUCCCACUUCCCCUGGAAUUUGAUCUUCAGCGUUAGAAGCGAGCUUGGAUUCCAAGUGUCACAGGCGUAUCUCAAGUUUGCCGAGGGGCGGCAGAACCUGCUUCAGUCACAAUUAAUCCCGGUGGAGGGCGGCCUGGUGCUGAAUGUCGCAAAGAGCGACCCAUCGGCCGUGGCGCCACAGACAUCGACGUACCCCACGGUUUGUCUGGGGGGAACGUUUGAUUACUUGCACCCAGGGCACAAACUUCUGCUUACGGCCGGCGCCCUCCUGCUUCAAGUCCCCCGGAGGGGCGACCGUGUUCCGCCGUGCCGGUACAUCAUUGGCAUUACGGGGGAUGAGAUGUUGCGGAACAAGAAGUUUGCCGAAUAUGUGCAGACCUGGGAGGAGCGGGCGCGGAACGUCAUCUCCUUCCUGGCGCAGCUCCUCGAGCUCUCGCCACGGGGGUGGAAAGACAGCACAUCCCCCCAGAUUGAAGAGAAAGACGGCGACUUUACGGCGACCUUCCGGGACGGCGCGAUCCAAGUCCGCUGCGUGCGAAUUCAAGACGCCUUCGGGCCGACCAUCACGGUUGAGGAUAUCCAGGCUUUGGUGGUGUCUGCCGAGACACGGUCAGGAGGGCAGGCUGUGAACGAGAAGCGUGCUGAGAAGGGCUGGCAUGCGCUUGAGGUCUUUGAGGUCGACGUGCUGGAUGCUGAGGAGGUCUCGGAUGAGUCUACCAAGACGGAGAACUUUGCGUCCAAGAUCAGCAGCACUGCUAUUCGGCAGCAGAGGGCGGCGAGAGGCGGGACCAAAAUAUAA